UGAUUGCGGGUUAAUAAAAAGUGAAUACGGACUUCGUUUUUUUUUUUUAUAACAUUUUCCAAAACACAAUUUCAACCAAAAUCCAUAACCCAAUGUCAGUUAAUUAAUAAGAUACCUACACUACAGGUCAUUGUUUUUAAUCAUAUUUGAAUUAGUUUUGUGGCCGGGAAGUGCUCUUUGUUUAGAUUAAGUACACAAACACAAAGUUCAAGGCAGAUUCUUAUGUUAUUUAUGUUCGAACAAAUAUACGUAAAAUUAGCAAUUUGAGAUAAAUGGAAUAAAGUGCACAACCAAUAUCUAGAUGAAUCCGGAAUAAAACUGACAGCCUGAAAUACUGUUCAAAUGCGUCCCAAACUGAAAUUUUUGAUAUUAAGUGUUCUGUGCCAUUUUUCAUGGGCGGCGUCAUCGGCCGAAAUUAAGGUGCUUAGAAACUGUGAACAUCUGAACGUGCUUAAAAAAUGUUCCAACAACACGACCAAAUCUUCACCCCCAGUGUUGCACCAUUUUGGCCACAAUGAAUCUGAAGUCGAAAAAGUUCUAGGUGAGAAAGAUGCCAUGACCCCCGAAAUAUCCAAACACGAGGACAUGUCUCCAAAACUUCAUCAUACUGCACAGGAAACAGACGAUAAUGUAUCUUCAGAGGAAAAUGCAAACAACGACAAUCCGAAAUAUGAAGUUAAUGCAGAAAAUGCUAAGUCCAAUGUGCAAACACCAUGUAUUGGCAAAAAUGAAAGAUAUUUCAAAAACUUCAUUCUAAGUUUGAUGUUUUUUCUAUUACACGUCUAGCUUAAAAAU